CACUCGAGCUAAGCUCAUCAAGUAGCAGCAGCUCCUCCUAGUGUUAGCUUAGAGGAGGAAGACGAACCAACAGCUAAGCUGCUGCAGCAAUGGCGAAAUCUUACACGUUGCUGUUCGGCGCACUGGUCGUGCUCGCACUUCUGGUGAGCCCCAUUGCUUGCUCCCGCAAGCUCGCCAAGCCAAACAACCACAGGCCGAGCCACAAGCGGGCAGCCAGAGCCCACAGCAACUACACCGCUGCCCCCUCGGCGCCGUCCGACGCCUACGGCUCUGGCGGCUGGUUGUCUGCCGGCGCGACGUACUACGGGGCCCCCAACGGCGACGGAAGCGACGGCGGUGCGUGCGGCUACCAGACCGCCGUCGGGCAGCGGCCGUUCUCGUCGAUGAUCGCCGCCGGGAGCCCGUCGCUGUUCAAGGGAGGCAAGGGCUGCGGCGCGUGCUACGAGGUUAAAUGCACGAGCAACACGGCCUGCUCCGGCCAGCCGGCGACCGUCGUCAUUACCGACGAGUGCCCCGGCGGGGUCUGCCUUGCCGAGGCGGCUCACUUCGACAUGAGCGGCACCUCCAUGGGCGCCAUGGCGAAGCCCGGCAUGGCCGACAAGCUUCGUGCCGCCGGUAUCCUCGAGAUCCAGUACAAGAGGGUGCCAUGCAAGUACAGCGGCGUGAACAUCGCCUUCAGGGUGGACCAGGGCUCGAACCCGUUCUACUUCGAGGUGCUCAUCGAGUUCGAGGACGACGACGGCGACCUCAAUUCCGUCGACCUCAUGGAAUCCGGCUGCGGCACCUGGACCCCGAUGGUGCAGAACUGGGGCGCGUUGUGGCGGUACAACUCCAACACCGGCAAGGCGUUGAAGGCGCCAUUCUCCCUCCGGCUUACCUCCGAUUCCGGCAAGGUGCUCGUCGCCAACAACGUCAUCCCCGCCGGCUGGAAAGCCGGAGCGACGUACCGCUCAUUGGUGAACUACUCCUAAUUAAAUCACAGCUAUUUUCGGUUGAAUUUUCACCCCCAUUGUGCUUGGCUGGAUUAUUAUGCAUGGCCAAAAAAUGCAUGUAGGGUGUGGUGGUCAAAAUUCUCGGGUUUGUUUCAGCGGGAAAUGUGUUGUGUUGUGUGCGCGGAUAUCUGCGAGAGGCGGUGUCAGAUGAGGAGGAGGUGUUCUUCACUCCCUCCACGGUCUCUGCAGUCUCCUAGUGGCUUGUUUCGUCGUGUCGAUUUCUGUUUUUAUUUUCUUCCUCUCGGUUGUGAUGUUGAGGAGAGAAGCUUGAGCUGCAACUAAUGUUGCAUGCCUAUGUAUCAAGUUGUGUGAGUGUUUUUUGGUA